GGCAAGAAAGACAAUGCCGCUGAGAAGGAGCCCGAGGAUACACUGAAUCAGAACUUGAAGCGACUGGGGCAGUGUCGCAUGCAAGCUUUCCAGUUGGAGAACCAAGUCAUCAAUGAGUGCCUGCGGCGUGUGGCCGACCUCCAGGAGCGGCUUUCGGCCGCCGAGUCCCGCGUUACCGAGCUCCAGGAAGAGCUGGCGACUGCGAGGUCUGCAGCUGCACCGCGGCAAGCAGACACCUCGGGUGCCUACGACGCCAAGAAGCCGCCGUGCUUUCGCACGGCCAACCAAGACAUCGUGGGCAGCGUCCAGGCCGGCUACCUCUCGAUACAGAAUGGUGCCGUGAUCGUCGCGACACACAUACAGGACGACUACUACUUUGGCUACCAGUUCACGCAGCCCACGAACCAGGGCUGGUUCAAAGCGGCCCAGACUCGCGACUUCGACCGGCGCGAGUUCUCGGAAGCGCAGGAGACGCUCUUUAAGCAGUUUCUGGGUGGUGCCAACCCGACUCGCCGGCUUGGGGCCGCCAAGGAGGUCGUCAAUGGGCCGAGCCGCGUGGAAGAUCUCCCAUGGUGGCGCUACAACCGUGCCCUGGCGCUCUGGUACUGCGAGUGGCUGGAUACCUACUACGACAGUGGGGAUGGCGCCUUCUUCUGGCGCGACGAGCUCACGCAGGCCUUCGGGGAGGCGGACAUGGCGGAGGUGAAGGAGGCAGCAGAGAGGAUGCGGCUGGAGCUGCCUCGUGAAGGCCCCGAUGCCGGCGUGCUGGAG